AUGCAGAGACGCAGAGACUGCAGCAGGCAAUUCAACAAGGGGCCCCUGGGCUGCCCUGACUGGGAAGACUCGUCCCCUAUGCGUCAAUUGGAAAACGCGCAGCCGGGAGAGAGUUUUGAGGGUUUGGCCCACAGCGUCAACAACACGUAUUUGUUGCUGCUGGACCAUGCGCAGCUUUACUUCUUGGACACUCACGAGUCUUGGCUGCCUUCCUUCACAGCUGAGGACGGCUUGGUCCUGAACAGCUACGUGCCUUCAAUGCUGCGCGUGCCCCUGGAAGGCCCCCGAGUCCGCUUUUGCUUCUCCAUUCCCGAAAAAGGGAGGUUUGCUUUGCUGCUGCUAAACGGAGACGGACUGGACUUGAAGCUGCAAGGCACUGUCUCCUUUUGGGGGCCGCAGCAGCAGCACUUGUCGCUGGAGCAGCAGCUGCUGCCGCAGGCAGCAGCAGCACUCAUGGCCCUCAACCUCCUCGCGGCCGUGGUGUUGUGCGUGUGCCAACUGAGUCUGUGGAGGGGCCGAAAUGGUUUUGUUUCUUUUUUAUUUAUUUUUUAUUUCUUUCUUGCUGCUCUCGCGUUUGGACUGGACUGGAAACAAGCGGCCAUUGUCCAAACCACCGGAAAGAGACCCGCGGCCCUUUGGGUGGCGUCUCGUCUGAUGCGGAAGCUGCAGGACGUGCUGCAGCUGCUGGUCUUCAUUUUUGUCUCUUUAGGCUUUCGCAUCGUGCGGCAGCGGCUGUCGCGGCUGGAAAUUCAGUUUGUUGCAGGGCUUGGAGUCAUAUCUCUCUAUUUGGGGGUUUUCGAAGUGCUGCUGGGGGGUUUCCAGGUAAACCCUAAACCCUAA